AUGACUGAAAUGAAUGAAGAUUUCGAAUUUCGAGUCGUUUUAAUCAAAAUUCAAAAUACCCUAUCUGAUGCUGAUCGUUUACAAUUGCAUUUCUUAUUCGGUGAAGACAUACCACGUCGUUUGCAAUCUAAUGGUUCCCUAGAAACGACACUCGAAGCUCUACAAACACUUUUCGAUCGUUUAAAAAUUUCAAACAAAAACUACAACUAUCUUGUUCAUGCACUAGAAGCCAUUCAACGCCCUGAUUGCGUUGAACGUUUGCUUAGCUAUGGUAAACUGGUACCUGCCGAUAUUAUACCAUCUAUACCACAGGAAACACAGGCUGAAAUGAAACCCAGGUUACCAUUGACAAAAUCAAAAAAUCCUACUCCUUAUGAGAUUCUUCGUGAUCUUGAUCUUGAUGAAGAGGAUACCAUGUAUCCGUCGAAAACAGAUUCUGAAUCAAAUAGUCGCAAUCUACCGGAACCAGAUCCCAUCGACUUUAGCAGCAUUGAUUUAGGACCAUUUGAAGAUUCUUCGAAUGAAUGGACUGAAGAAUAUUCAAAAUCGCUCAAUUUAAAAUGUCACCCUCGAGCUUACCAAAUUGAAAUCGUUCGAAAUGCUAUUUACAAUAAAAAUACAAUUGUUUGUCUUCCAACUGGUUCUGGGAAAACAUUUAUUGCCUCACUCUUAAUAAAAUACUACUACAUCAAAUACCGACAAAAUAGUCCCAAUGGAAAAUUUUCAGCCUUUUUUUUUGUACCAAGAAAAGCAAUACGAUUGCAACAAGCCAAAGCAAUAUCGAAUGUUGGUAAUUUAAGAGUCCAAAUGUGCCAAGACGAUCAAAGGACCGAUCAACUUAUUGAUGCAAAUGAUGUAACCGUUACAACACCACAAAAAUUUGUUAAUUCUCUGAAAAAUGAAACCAUUCGUUUAUCUCAAAUAAAUUUAAUGAUUUUCGAUGAAUGUCAUAACACGUCGGGAGGAAAUCCUUAUUGUGAAAUAAUGAAACAUUAUUUGUGUCCAUCAAAACAAGAGCGUGGAGCAGAAAAACCAAUGAUUAUUGGUUUAACAGCAACAGUUAGCGCUAAAGAUUCUCAAGAAAAAAAAGAACCUGUUGAAAAAAAUCUUAUUAGCUUAUGUAGUAAACUUGAUUGUAAAAAUAUUUCAACAGUCUGUGAUUCAAAUAAUCUUGUUGAGAUUAAAUGUGAAAUCAAUCGACCGAUAAAUAAUCAAUUCGAACAUGUUUUAAAAGUACAAUACAAUUCAUAUUUUCAAGAAUAUUUAAAUAUAUACGAAAAUCUUAUUAAAACUAUUAAAACUCAUUUGGAUGAUCAUGAACUAUUAGACGAAAAAGAUAUAGGGUCUUCCAGUUUUAUUGGUCAACUUAUAAUUUUAAAACGAAAUUUUGAAACAAAAGGUGACAUGAAUAAUAUUAUUAUUUGUGACUAUUUAUUAUUAUUGACACGAAAAUACUCAGCAUUCAAAGAUUUACCAUUUGAAGUCAUUUUAAGACAUGUAUCAGAGAAAAUUAAACUAUAUCAUGAAGCAUAUGAACAAUCAGUACCAAUGAAUAACUUACUGAAUGAAAUUUCUAAAAAUGAAUUAGAUAAAAUUUUACAGAAACAUAAAGAAAAUCCAACAACAAAUUCAAAAUUAGAAACAUUGAUUCAUCUUGUUAAAAAACAUGCCAUAGAAAAAACAAAAGGACUUAUUUUGGUGCCAACAACUUUUUAUGCAAAGUCAAUUUGUGAUUAUUUAUCCGAUCAACCAGAAUUAAAAAAUAUUGUUAAGCCAACUUGGAUUGUUGGUCAAAAUAGUGCGGACCAUUCCUUGACAAUAAAUGAUCAACAAGUCAAACUAAGACAAUUCGGAGAAGGUGAAUGCAAUGUACUGAUUGCUACCGAUAUUGUUCAAGAAGGCUUAGAUGUUCCUACUUGUUCUUAUGUAAUUCGCUAUGAAUUUGUGUCUGAUGAAAUUGGUACAGUUCAAUCACGAGGUCGAGCUCGAGCACAAAAUAGUUCCUAUUAUCUCAUAACUGAACUAGAUUCGACCAAUCAUAAACGAGAAAAAAAUAACAAAUUUCGUGAAGAAGAAAUGGAUACUGCUAUUAGUAAAUGGCAAACAAUCGAUAAAGAUCAAUUUCAAAGAGCUAUAGAAGUUAAAACCAAAUCACUUAUAAAUACAUGGGAAAUGGCUUUAUCACUUGAAACACAACGUAAAAAUAUGAUACAAAAAAUUGGUAAAAAAGAUGGAUCAAUAUGUUGUCGUAAAUGUAACCGAGAAUUAGGUGAACUUCUAUGGUUGAAAAAACGAAAUACGAUUUAUUUUAUAAAUAAUGCAGAAUUUUUUAAUAAUAACGACUGUAGACUUGAUAGUACAUAUACCAAUAUGUACGAGCAUUUAUUGAUGGGACAAGUUAAGUGCUUUUGUGGAAAUUCUCUAGGUGGAUUUCAAAAGUUUCUUGAUCGACCUGAAUUAGGUCCACUAUGUGCACUUAAAUGUAAACAAGUUAAAUUUAAAAUUAACAAACAAAUGCCUUUUAUAGAAUUUGAACAAUGGAGCAGAAAUAAUUAUUUUGAUGUUGAAGAACUUGAAGAAAUUUAA